AUGUUAGAUGCAUGGUCUGCCUACUCAAAGCCGGUGCCUUCAAGCUGCAGUGAGCUCCUGACUUUAUUUCUUCAGUGCUGCUGCAUUGCUGUGCUGACAGGUGGCCUCCUCUAUAACUGGAUGUUCUCCUCGCUAGAGUAUCCAUUUCACCUCUCCUCUGCAAUUGCUGUUUCCUUCAGUCUGCUACUUCUACUGAUCCUCUUCUUGGUGCAUCCUGUCCGCUGCAUGUUCACCAUAAUCGUACCUACGUUGGGCACUAAACAAGGCCGGAGGCUGCUCUUGUCCACCUGCUUCAUGAUCGUGGCAGUUAAUAUCAUACCAAACAUCAUGGACAACAUUAAAACCAUACUGCAGGUUAUUAAAUGCAUUUGCAAGAAUUACUCAGACAGCCUUUUGAACUCAACAAUCCUAUUGGGAAAAGCUUCCACGCAGUUUGGUCACCAAGUCAAAGAAGUCACUGACAACAUGGCAGAUAACUUUCUGACGCCCAGGAAUGGACAUUUUCAGUAUGCUCAAGUACUCAUUGCUAGUCAGAAGAUCAAGGAUGAUUUCUCUGCUGUCGAAUUGCUGGUCAAACAGGCAUUGCUAGUAGCCAACAGGGUGGCUGCUGGCUUUUUCCUGUUCUAUCUCCUUUUUGAGUCCGCUUGGUAUUUGAAAAGCUAUCUCACCAACCUCCGAUUUGACAACAUUUACAUCACCAAAAAGCUGGAGGUCUUGGCUGUGGACAAGAAAGCAGCCCAUCUGCUUAUACACUCACCCAAAAAACUGAUCAGAUCCACCGGCCUGAAGCUGUCCCGGGAGGAAAUGGUGGUGUGCCUGGUGCGCAUGAUGCUCCUCACUUUGGUCCUGAUGGUGACAGCAGUGAUCAUAGCAACGGACUACGUCGCCUUCCACUUGGCAGAUACAACAAUGAAUGAGGUGGCUCAGUUUCCCACGGUGCCCAUAACGCUCAACAUUAAAUACAAUGCCAAAAUAAGCAUUCUGCCCUUUAUCUCGAAACUUUUCAGUGGAGUCAUCAUUCCUGGAGAACAAUCCAUUGUGAACUUUGAAAGAACUUACCAGCAGAAUCUGACCUUCAUCUCUGCCGAUUGCACAAUUAAACGGCCAAGCCCCCCAAACAACUUUGUGGCCCUUGUUGUCGGAAUGCUCUAUUGCAUCAUCUAUGUCAUGCUAUUUCUGGAAACCUACGCACAACGUUUGUGCCGAAAAAUCUCUGCCUCCUUCUUCGAGAGACAAGAAGGGCGGAGAGUCCAGUACCUCUACGGGGCACUAUUAAGGAAAUACAACAAGAAGGAGCAGCAACUGCAGCAAAAGCUGAGAGCGGAUUUGUAA